AUGAGAGCUAUUGCUCGAAACACAAUAGAAAGAGUAGCAAGGGCAGUAAAUUAUGGAUUCGACAAACGAGUAAAUCAGUAUAAUUCCAUUGAUAAUAAUUACGUAAAUUGGAAAUUAUAUCCUUUAUACGGUCUUUUGGAACACAGAAAAGUUUCCAUAGGGUUACCAUAUAAAAUUCAUCUACAAAGAGAAAUCAAUGAUGAUAAGAUAUUCUUUGGAGAGAAUGCUUCAGAUGCAAAUUUAGAAAUAACGAAUCUCCAACUUUACAUACCCGUAAUAACACCAUCAAUUGAAGUAGAAACGAGAAUAUUCAACAUGUUGACUAAAGAUAUUGAAAUAGCUUUUCUUCGUCGUAACACGAGUGUAAAGGAUGGUGGAUAUUUACCUUUGAUAUUUGCUGGACUGGCCGCAGUUGGUGCAACUGCUCGUGAAGCGGCUGAAAUAUCACAAGCCAUCGACGCCAAGAAAGCAGCUGAUGCUGAAAAAGUGAAAAUCGUAGACAAAUAUGGAAAUGGAAAAGAUAGCACAAGUUUCAGGAGUAGCAGAUACAUUAGGGACAGUUAA